AUGUCCUACAGCCCUACCCGACGAGCCGUUAGCCAUGAAUCUUUAGUGCUCUCCCAAGGACGUGACGGCCACUCCGCCGCCAACCGACGACUUCCCCUUGGCAAAGUGCCAGCGUAUAUUCUCCGUCGUAAGCGGGAAGCGGAACUUGCCAAGCAGGAACAACAAUCACAGACGGAAAACGCGGUCCCCGAGGGCUGUCGCCUGAUGCCUGAAGAGGAGCGAUUGGACACUUUGAAACACCUCCAAGUUGGUCAGUAA